GGGGAGACUAUGCUUCUCUCCACAUCACCAAAGGAUUUGGCAAAUUGGACAGGAAGGAGAGGCAGGAAAAGCACAAAUCCCACCUACCCACAGUACUGGGAAGCCUGCAGGCAGUUUGGUUUUGCUCAGUAACAAGACAUGAUACAUACCAAAGGAAGAGAGAAAGGGCUUUGUUUGCAGAGAGAACUCUGACUUUGAAGGCAUUUAAGGAGCAAUUUCUCAUCCAUGUUUGCUGGACCCAAUGUGAGUAGCACUGUUGUACAUUCAAAUGCAACUGGAUUAUCUUUGACCUAUCUACAAAGAUAUUUGGAUCUGCCUUCUAACAUAGGCCUUCAACCUGUCCUUUUGUGGCACUGAAUAGGCAUCUUGAGGGGGUUUUUUUGGGUGGGGAGAGUUGGUAUUCUAAGAAAGGAUCUGGACGAUGGAUGUUACAUCUAGAUCUAUUAUGUGACAGGGUCCUUAAACUGUAGAGCAGUAGCCUCUAGCUGGAAUUAUCUCUGUUCCCCAUCCUGAAUUGCCUUCUCCAUCUCCAUCCUGAACCCCUUCUUUAUCUAUCAAUCCUAUCCUGAAGUGCUCUGUCUACCCUGUCCCUUUCCCAUCUUCCAGCAUCAUGACUGUUGUGGAAAUGGCCUUGCACUGGGUAUUGCUCUGCCUCAUCUUUUCCCCUCCGGUACCGGCCUCUGACUAUGCCUUGCCGAAAUUUAUCUGCAGCCCUAUGCCAUUGGACAUGGAUAAUGGCUGCCAGUCGGCCAGCCAACAGCAGCGGCAUGGCGCAGGAGCUAACAGUGGGGGCACGGGGCACUGGGUAGGGACUCUUGAGGAAGCCAAAGAAACCAUCCUGCACCUGCGGGAGAUGGUAGUGCACCAGAAGGAGGUGAUCCUAGACCAAAGAGAAACAGUGCGGGAACUGACAGCCAAGCUGAGCCGCUGCGAAACUCAUUCUGGAAGACAUGGCACUGAACACCAUAAUGGUCAUCAUGAAGAGAAUCUCAGCCAUGGGCAUGGGCAUGGGCACGGGCAAGGGCAUGGGCAUGGACAUGGACAUGGACAUGGGCAUGCUGAAGGAGGCCAUCGUGGCCAUCAUGAGAGUGGGCAUCGGCCCCACCAUGAAAAUGGUCACCGAGCACAUCAUGAGAGUGAACUUCCUGGACACCAUGAAGAUGCCCAUAGGGGACAUCAUGAAGCUGGUCACCGAGAUCCCCAUGAAGGUAUCCAUGCCAGGGAAAAUGAGUACCAUCAUUUUGGACAACAUGAACAGCAUGAACUCCAGGUGGGACAUAACACGCAUGAUGCCUUUCGCAAGGGAGCUGCAGCUGCCAACACCAUGGAAGAUCCACCCAAGGAGAACCCCUCAGGAGUAAACCAGAUGGAGCGGAUGCUGGAAUCACUCAAGGAGAGACUGGAGCAUCUGCAGCACAACCGGAACAGCUCUGUCUUCUCCACUUCCCUACGUGAUGCAAUUCAGAAAAAAAUUAGCAUCUUGGAGCAUCAGCUUCAUGAGAAGUUAAACACAACUGACCACCAUGCUCACGGUGUGCCAACAGCAGCAGGAUUGAGGCACAAACAUGUUUCACAUGGACAUAGUGUUGAGAAAGCUCAGUACCACAUCUCUGAUCCCCUCUGUCCUCCAGGGCACAAAGUGGAGAAGCAUUCCGACGAUUUCCGUGUGGGAUUUCCCCUCCGCACCAACUAUAUGUAUGUCAAGGUCAAGCCUACUCUCCAUCGUGAAAUCUUUUCCUUCUCCAUCUGCCUCUGGCUCAAAUCCAGCUCUGCACCAGGAAUGGGUACCCCUUUCUCAUACUCAGUGCCAGGCCAAGCCAACGAAGUUGUGCUCAUUGAGUGGGGAAAUAACCCUAUGGAACUACUAAUCAAUGACAAGGCUGCCACAUUGCCAUUGACCAUUAAUGAUGCUAAGUGGCACCAUAUCUGCGUGACAUGGUCAACCCGGGAUGGCAUUUGGGAAUCUUACCAGGAUGGAGUCCGAAGAGGGAGCGGGGAGAACCUGGCACCCUGGCAUCCUAUAAAACCUGGGGGUGUUUUUGUACUGGGCCAAGAGCAGGACACUCUUGGGGGUCGCUUUGAUGCCACUCAAGCCUUUAUUGGGGAAAUCUCAGAUUUCAAUGUGUGGGGCCAUAUCUUGACACCAAGCGAAGUUUACAAGAUGGCAACCUGUACCAGCUUCAUUGGUGGGGACCUCAUCAACUGGGCUGAAGCCUCUAUGGAGCUUCACGGAGGAGUGGUCAAGCUACCAUUUAAUGCCUGCCACUAAGAGGCCAUGAAAAACAAACUGACUUUGGGGAUUUCUUGGAGGAGAGUGAAAACUAGUAGUUAAUGACAGGGCAGGGCUGGGAACAAAACCCCCAGUAUUUCCUGAAGAGAAAAAUCAUAUGUUUUUUUAAAAAGUGAAUAAGGGGAAAACGAUUCCUGGAAUCCUUGUGUGAAAAUAAAUGGGAGGUCUUAUACUUGGCGCAAGGGGGCUUCUGGAUCUCCCAAGUGAAGAAUGGGAAGCAUAUAGCAUGCUUUAUGCAAGAAAGUCUUAGAGUUUUAGAACCAGAAUUCUGGAUAAUUUAGCAAGGGUGCCUGAAAAAGCCAAGAAAAGCAGGGGAAAAUAAGAAGAUAUUUACAGUAUCUGUCUUAUGGAGAGGUUUUAUGGAGUAGAGCAUUGUUGUUAGAUGAUGAUACCAUAUUUUGAAAUAGAUAUAAUUUCAUUAGUGUAUUGAAGUAAAUGAAAACUCUGGCAUAUCCAGUAGAUGUGGCUGUGCCACAGGAAACUGUGGAUCUGUCUUUAAUAAGGCUGUGAAAGGUGGCUUAAAACGUGGGAAUCGCCAACCUUUAACAAACCUAAAUGUGCAACUGCCUCCCACCUAGACAAGCAGAAGCCUUAGUUUGGAUUAGUAGCUUAAUACUGUUGCCUUUGUGGAAUAUGCUUCUGCAAAAGCACCUUUUGGUCUGCUCUUUAUUUAUAUAUAUGGAUAUAUAUUGAUAAUAUAUAUAUACACACACAUAUAUAAAAUACGUGCCUCUGCAUUUAAUGCUUCUCUGUCUAGGUAGAUUCACCUGACUAUUUUCCUACUUUUCCACUUGUUUUAGUUGGAUCUAGUGUUGAGUUGCACUAGGUUUGUCUGAAUGUAAACUACAAGGGCUCCUGAAUCUUUAAUGGUUUUCCAGAAGAGCAACUUUUAGCAAAUGUUGUUCGCUAAAUGGUAACGUUGCUUGACAGGUAAAGUUGCUUGACAACUCCUGCUGAAACUCCAUCUUCUUCACAACACUGUGAGAGCUGAGAAACUGUGGCUUGCUCAACGCUGCAUGGAGUUUCGGAUCCUGGCAUCCUAAUGUCCUGGUCCAACACUUAAACCACGAUACCACACUGGCUUUCCCCUCAUUCGAUUUCACAGCAAGAUGCAUGUACCUACAGAUCGCACUUUCCCACACGCUGUGGCAGAAUAUAGGAAGUUCUGAAUACCACUGACAAUCACCAUUUAAAGUGACUUCUGCAAUAUAUGCAUUACAACACUAAACCGCGCAGACCAAGUUGAAAGGAAGUGGCCCGGAGCCAAAUCAACAUCCUUUAUGCAAAUUCAAUCUAACACAACACAAGAUAGCAGAGAAAUAUUGGGGUCUAUUUUGAAUGGGUCCAAUAUAUAGUUUAGUAUCUUAGGAUUUAGGUAUAUUUAUUUACUUAUUUGCUAUUGUAAAUAGAAAAGGGCAUGUGAAGAUUUUGUGCUAAAGAUCAUGGGAGUCAGCACAUUUGAUUCUCCGGAAGUUUAACAAAACAGGAACAAAUGUGAAAAGAUCAAAACACAUGAAAGCAGUUGCUGUGGAGGGACGCAAGUUUAUAGGUCCAAUGAUGGAACACGAAUAAUGGUGUAUGAGAUUUUCAGCCCUUUCAACCUCCACAUAGGCAUAAUGCAGUGUUUUUCAACCUUCCAAAUGCUAUGACCCCUUAAUACAGUUCCUCAUGUUGUGGUGACCCGUGAACCAUAACAUUAUUUUCUUCAUGACUGUAAUUUUGCUACUGUUAUGAAUCAUAAUGUACAUAUCUGAUAUGCAGGAUGUAUUUUCAUUCACUGGACCAAAUUUGGCACAAAUACCUGAUACACCCAAAUUUGAAUACUGGUGGGGUUGAGGGGGGGGGGAUUAAUUUUGUCAUUUGGGAGUUGGGAGUUUCUGGGAUUUAUAGUUAACCUACAAUCAGAGAGCAUUCUGAACUCCACCAACAAUGGAAUUGAACCAAACUUGGAACACAGAACUCCCAUGGCCAACAAAAAAUACUGAAAGAGUCUAGUGAGCAUUGACCUUGAGUUUUGAAGUUGUAGUUCACCUACAUCCAGAGAGUGCUGUGGACUCAAACAAUGAUGGAUCUGGACCAAACCUGGCAUGAAUGCUCAAUAUGCCCAAAUAUGAACACUGGUGGAGUUUGGGGAGAACAGACCUUGACAUUUGGGAGUUGUAGUUGUUGAGAUUUAUAGUUCACCACAAUCAAAGAGCAUUCUGAACCCCACCAAUGAUAGAGUUGGGUCAAACUUCCCAUACAGAACCCCCAUGACCAACAAAAAAUACUGUGUUUUCUGAUGGUCUUUGUCAACUUCUGUGACACCCCCCUGGUGACCCAUCCAGGGACCCGACUCCCAGGUUGGCAAACACUGGCAUGAUGUAUGGCUCUAUCUCUUCCUUGCCAUAGGCCUCUGCAGCAAUGGUCCAAGGACCCUAACUUUGCAGGGCUUGUUCAUUGCAUUUUGAAAAUAAAUAGGAAUAAGUAUUACUAUUAAGGAGAGCGGGUGGGGAUAUAAAAUGAAUAUGAAAUGACUUAAGUGCACCAACGAUCAUGUCUCUCCACAUCAUUUCUGUUUGGUUCUAAAGUUCAGAAUCUAAAAGAUAUGAGAGGAAUGUUGCAGAUUCAAGCUGAAAGAACGCUUGCUAAAAUUAACACCCAAUGUCUUCUCUUCUGUAUAUAUACAUAUGCAUGUAUAAAUAUAUAUAUAUAAAUUUUCUUAGCAUAGGAUUUUCUCUUUAUCUGCUUGUAAAUAAUGGGAUUUUAUGUGGUUUGACAAUGAAUGUUUUCUCUUUAAAGGGGUGGGUGGGUGUGACACAACAUUUUGAAUUUUCUUACUCCAUUCUGGAUUGCAAUAAACCUGCCAAAGAAACCGA